UCGGGGAUCGCGCUCUGGGGGCGGAUCUACGGUGGAAGGGCGACGCGCGCCCUGUAGCUCGGACUGAAGUCACCACCAUCACCACCACCUCCAUCACCACUUCUUCUCCUAGACUGUGGAGCGGAGGAUGGAGCCGGUGACCGUCGGUAUCGACGGCGGAGACGGCCCGGGGUCCUCUGCGGGUUCAGGCCUAUCUGCUUCCCAGCGUCGGGCCGAGCUGCGGCGGAGAAAGCUGCUCAUGAACUCGGAACAGCGCAUCAACCGAAUCAUGGGCUUUCACAGGCCCGGGAGCAGCGCGGAAGAAGAAGGUCAGACAAAAUCAAAACAGCUGGACAGUGAUAGACUGAACUCCCUCACUGUUCCUUCAGUUUCAAAGCGAGUAGUGCUGGGUGAUUCAGUCACUACAGGAACAAGUGACCAGCAGAGUGGUGUGGCUGAAGUAAAGGGGACCCAACUGGGAGACAAGCUGGACUCUUUCAUUAAACCAUCUGAGUGCAGUAACGAUGUUAACAUUGAGCUCCGGCAGCGGAAUAGAGGGGACCUGACAACGGACACUGUCCAGCGGGGUUCUCGCCAUGGCCUAGAACAGUACCUUUCCAGAUUUGAAGAAGCAAUGAAGCUAAGGAAACAGCUGAUUAGUGAGAAACCCAAUCAGGAGGAUGGAAGUACAACAGAAGAAUUUGAUUCCUUUCGAAUAUUUAGAUUGGUGGGCUGUGCUCUUCUUGCUCUUGGUGUCAGGGCUUUUGUUUGCAAAUAUUUGUCCAUAUUUGCUCCAUUUCUUACUUUACAACUUGCAUACAUGGGAUUAUACAAAUAUUUUCCCAAGGGUGAAAAGAAGAUAAAGACUACAGUGCUAACUGCUGCACUUUUGUUAUCUGGAAUUCCUGCUGAAGUGAUAAAUCGAUCAAUGGAUACUUAUAGCAAAAUGGGCGAAGUCUUCACAGAUCUCUGUGUCUACUUUUUCACUUUCAUCUUUUGUCAUGAACUGCUUGAUUACUGGGGCUCUGAAGUACCUUGAAUCUGCAGAACUCUGAAGCAGCAGCUUACAAUAAACAAUUUCUUUUCUAUGUUGCAGUGCCUCUAAAGAAGGCAAACUGGUUAUACCUUUAUAUAAUUCUUUUACUUUGUAAGAGUUGUAAAAUCACAUGAUUAGGGAUGGAAAGGCAGGUUCCCUGAUUUAGAAUGGUUGAGUUUGUAUUUGUACUGAUGUGAAGAAUAGAAUAACCUAUGUCAUUAAUUGAAUUUUCUUGUUUAAUUAGAAUCCCUAGUCUUUAUCUUUCCCAUGCCUUGUCAGAUCUGAAAUUCCUCUUCUGAGGACUCAGCUAGUGUUUUUAGGAGAGCAGAUAAACAUAGUCUCAGCUAGCCCGAACAGCUGCUGCUUGUGUUUGUGUCUUUCUGUCCUGAGAAAUGGAGCCAUCUUAAAAAUAAAGAAACUGAACAGUCCAAUCUUAAGUCUGCACAUUUUAACUU